GUUGGUGGGCAGAGGUGGAGGUCGAGGCGGAGGCCGCGGCCGUAGACUCGACGCAGCGGGGGGAGGGUGGUGGUGGCAAUGGCGUUGCAGAGGCAGCUCAUACCGCCGUUUCGCCAUGCCAUAGUGGAGGAUUCUUUCUUCCGAGGUGCCUACCCAACCAUAAAGAACUUCAGGUUUUUGCGCAGGCUGCAUCUCAAGACGCUGGUGUCGCUUACUCCCGAGGCUCACCCUAAUCGCGACAUGCGCGAGUUUUGUGAGCACGAGGGGAUCACGGUGCACAACUUCUUUGUCGAAAAGUUUCAGGAUGGAGUCACGCUGACGAACGCGAAGGUUAUUCAGGUGUUGCAGAUUAUCAUUCGCCCGGAGAAUCUGCCUGUGUAUGUACACUGCCUAGAUGGGACGCAUGUCACGGGCUUGGUGGUCAUGUGUUUUCGCAAGCUGCAGAGCUGGAAUCUGUCUACUUCCACUGCCGAGUUUUGCCAGUUUGAGAAAGACGGGGAGAUUUCGCGAGAGGAGUCGCAAUUUGUGGAGUCGUUUCGGGGGGAGAUCGAGGUACCGCCCGUCAUACCGAAGUGGUUGUGGCAGGGAGUUCGUACCGUGAAGCAUCCGAGCUUCCGUUUGCGCUUACUGCCUGCCGUUGCGGGCGUGGAGAAAGACGGAGCUCAUCUGCUUGCUAAUGAUCACGCUGACCCCAACAAUUCGUCGACUAGUGUGAUGAGUCGACCUCAGUACCAUCCAAGCAGGGCGAGUAAUCUUAUGGUCUCCCAUGUGGCGAAUCACCAAGGAAUGGCCGGCCUGGGAAUUCCUAACGGGCGUGAGAGCCCUGGUAGGGGACUUGUGGGUUCUUUGGCUGCACCGAAUGGUAUGAUGGAGGGGGCGGUUACUUAUGGCGACGGAGACAAUGGUCGACGGCAAUCUGGAGGUAGAAUUCGGCACAUGGGUGUUUGGUUGGGCACGGAAUCGUCUGGGGUGGAUGAAAUCGUGAACAAACGAGGUGGGGUUGUUGUCAAGCCACCUCCUAUUCUGGCUUUGGAUCGAACGGAGAGAUGGAGUGGUCCUCAGGCCAUUGUUGGUUUCCCCAGGAAGGGAUUUUGCGAAGUGCAGGACAGUGAAAGCAGGCGCAAUCUGGAGGCUUUGUCACUCGAAGGGGUUGAUGUGUUCGGCCCUCGACGGAUGCCUGGAUGGCCUCGCCAAGUUAGGCGCCCACGGUCCAUAGUUGGCACCAAUACAGGCAAGAACAUGUCGUCUCGAGAACAAGAGGUUCCUCAAUUUGUAUCUGUAAGGAGGUGACGAGAGUUGAGCCUGAGUUACAUGUCACCGCAGAGGAGUAGCGAGUGCAAGAUAGUAUCAUCGCCGCUGUUCGAGUUUUCUGGCACAUUCACUUCUUUUUAUGAAGCUAUGGUGUAAUCUGUUGGGUCGAUCUUGCGCUCAGCAUUCUUCCAUUUCUUCGACGUGCGUCUUGGCAGGGGUAAAACAUGUCUGAUUGUCAAGCAGCUUCCCACGACCUGCCAGGUUUAUCUGGAGAUGGUUUGUGAAUAGAUAAAUGGGUGUGCUCACUACAUGUGUGUGAAAUCGUGCCGAUAAUGUGCAAUACAUAGGAAUAUUACUCAUGAAUUCUCUGUGUAGGUAAUGCGACUGACAUUGACAAUGCAGCAACUGCAUGUGCCACCUUUGUGGAAUUUUUUGAGUGCGCGGUUGCAGCUGUAAGAGUGUAUGUAUUGUCUCACUAUCUGUUGAGCUUCUUGCUCCUUCAGUUCUCCGAGAAUCAAUCUGAGGUGGAUAAGCUACCGAAUUUACAUCUGAGGCAUUUAUGUAUUCCCACGAAGUUCACAUCUAGAAUGGAGCAAUUUUUUGUACUCAUUAUUGACGUCGAAUGAAGUUUGCUUGCAAGCCCUUGCAGGUUCUUUUGACUGA